AGUGGUUAAAGCUGUAUAUCUGUUUGUGUUCUUCCUCUUUCUUUUUAUUGAAGGUUUACUAUUUUUUCACCCUAAAGUUUGUAAAAGUGCCGGUGUAAAUUGUUGCAUAAACUGUACCACAUAUUAUUAAGAUGAUACGAAUUUUUACGGGUCUUCUAAUUAAUUAGUAGUUUUUAUUAUGGAUCAAAAACCUAACCUAGACAUUGUAGUAUUAGCAGUAUCAACUUUAUAUAAAAAUCCAGACAGAAAAGAAAAAGAAAAAGCUUCGAAAUGGUUGUUGGAUCUGCAAAAAUCUGUGCAUGCCUGGACAAUUGCAGACGAGUUGCUGCACCAAAAACGAGAUUUAGAAUCAUGUUAUUUUGCCGCACAAACUAUGCGAACAAAAAUGCAUCAGUCGUUUUACGAACUCCCUGCAGAAGUACAUGUUUCUUUAAGGGAUUCGCUAUUAGAACAUAUUAGUCAAAUUAAUGAAGGAACAAACACAGUUAUUAUAACACAACUGUGUUUAGCAUUGGCUGAUUUGAUUUUACAGAUGCCAUCAUGGCAACGAGCAUCACUAGAUUUAAUAAACAGAUUUUCUUCACAGCCAUAUGUUUGGCCCUUAUUAGAAAUUUUGACAGUUUUACCAGAAGAGCUGGAAAGUAGAUCAGUACGUUUAGGUGAAAAUCGAAGAGUUGAGGUUUUGGAAGAUCUAAAGUUAUGCGCUCCAACAGUAAUUGAGUUCCUAAAACACUGUUGCAUUACAUAUAGUCAAAAUAUUAAUGACAGUAUUCACAUAAUAGCCAGAACUAUAAGAUGUUUCACUUCAUGGGUGUCAGUUGGUGCCGUUAGUUUGGAAGGACUAACAGAGAAUGUUGUUAUUAAUUUGGCUUUUCAAAUCUUAGAUACAAGACCACCUGAAAACAAGCAGACACCAGGAGCACUCUGUGAUGCCGCAACUGAAUGCAUCUGUACACUACUUCAAUGUUUGGAAGAUAAUAACAAUCAACAAGAACUAGAGAACUAUUUAUUUAACAAUAUCAUGCAUUUGGAAGUUCCGUAUCACCUGUCUGUUGCAAAUGAAGAUCAAGGGAAAUCAGUAGAUUACUGCAGACUAUUUACAGAACUUGCAGAAUCUUUUCUUGAAAAAAUUAUUGCAAAUAGUGGUCCUAACAGUAUGCACUAUGCAAUAAAAAUACUUGAUUUGGUUUUAAUAUGUGUUGGACAUCAUGAUUAUGAGGUGGCUGAAAUUACGUUUAAUCUUUGGUAUGUCUUAAGUGAAGAACUUUAUCAGAAAAACAAUAAAGAAUUGACAGAACUAUUCAGGCCUUAUAUUGAAAGAUUAAUAACAGCCCUGUGUAGACAUUGUCAAAUGGAACCUGACCAGGAAGGCUUGUUGGAGGAUGGCGACGAGUUUAAGGAUUUCCGAUUGAAGGUUUCGGAUUUAAUUAAGGAUGUUGUCUUUAUAGUCGGGAGCAGCAGUUGUUUUAGGCAAAUGUUUAUCAAUUUGCAAGCCGUCAAUGUAACGUGGGAUCAAAGCGAGGCUGCCUUGUUCGUAAUGCAGGCUGUCGCUAAAAAUGUCUUGCCGAGCGAGAAUGAAGUUGUUCCAAAGGUAGUUGAAGCGAUACUACAUAUUCCGGAUUCUACCCAUAUUGCCGUCCAGCAUACUUCAGUACUGCUCCUCGGGGAAUUAUGUGAAUGGAUUGAAAAGCAUCCCGUCGUUUUGGAUCCUAUUUUAAAUUUUCUGGUUGUUGGCCUUAGUCGGCCAGGUGUAGGUGCCGCAGCUGCCGUAGCCCUACAAAAUAUAUGCGGUACAUGUAGCGACCACAUGCCUCGUCACGUUCCCAUCUUGCUGCAGUUACUGCAGCAGGCUGAUACAUUUGCGAUUACCAACAAUGCGGUUAUGGGAUUGUUCAAGGGAGUGGCUUCGAUAGUGACGUGUCUUCCACCUGGCGAAGUCACAGCUGCAAUACGGGAAAUGUGCAUGAUGCAACUCAAUCCUCUAUGCCAGUUAAUGGAACAAGAUGUCGUGCCGGUGCGGGGAACUAAAACUGAUCCGGUCCUAUGGCUAGAUAGAUUGAGUUCCGUUUUAAGGCAUAUAAACAUCACAGGGUUGGGUGAGGAUGAAAUUCAUCCUUGCAAAGUUGUGGUAUUAGAAGUGUGGCCAGUAUUGUCGAAAACGUUUGAUAAAUAUCAAAGCGACAUUAGAAUUAUGGAAAGAUGUUGCCGUAGCGUGAGGUUCAUGUUGCGAUGCGCAAGUCAGCAAGUUCGUGAGUUACUCGAGAGCCUUGUCGGUCAAAUAGUUAGGAUUUAUACGUUACAUAAACACUCUUGCUUUCUGUAUGUCGGAAGCAUUUUGGUCGACGAAUACGCGACUGAUCCGCAGUGUAUAGGGGGACUUCUCGACAUGCUUCGAGUGUUCAUCGAGCCCACAUUCCAAAUGCUUCAGGAAGAGAACGGAUUGCGUAACCAUCCCGACACGGUGGACGAUUUUUUCAGGUUAUGCGCGCGGUUCAUACAGCGAGCGGCGUUAUCGUUCCUGCGCAGCUCCGCGCUAGUUCCGAUUUUGCAAUGUGCAAUUAUGGCCGCGACUUUAGACCACAAAGAGGCGAACAUGUCGGUUAUGAAAUUUUUCUACGAUUUAAUAAAUCAGGGUCAGGUCGGCCACAAUCAGUCUGACUUCCCGGAAAGGAGGGAGCUCGUAGCCGGUAUACUUAACGACUGUGGACAGCAGCUUGUCACAAAUUUGAUUCAGUCUUGCGUAUUUUCUCUACAGUCUUAUAUGUUAUCUGAGGUAGGAGAUGUAAUUCUGCAGCUUCUAGAAUUUAACAGAGAUCUGACUAGUAAAUGGUUGGCCACUGGUCUCGACACUUUACCAAAGCAGAGUAGCGGCGGCAUUAUGGCUGCCACACCGAAGCAGUUAAGCGAAGUACACUCGAAAUUAGUUAGGUCAAACACAUCGAAAUCGGUGACCCACGGUUUGAAAGAAUUGACGAGAUUUUAUCGAUAGACUGUAAACGUAAACAGAAAUUUUUUGUAUCAUAUUUGCGUCGGUGUAAUGUUGAUAGUUUGUAUUAACUGAAC